GGGGACGGGCGUCCUGCUGGAGGGGGAGCUGGUGGACGUGUCCCGCCACAGCAUCACGGAUGACCACGGCAGGAAGGAGCGCUACUACGUGCUGUACAUCAGGCCCAGCCGCGUCCAUCGCCGCAAGUUCGACCCCAAGGGGCACGAGAUCGAGCCCAACUUCAGCGACACCCGGAAGGUGAACACCGGCUUCCUCAUGUCAUCUUACAAGCUGGAGGCCAAGGGGGACACGGACAGGCUCGCGGCCGAGGCGCUGGCGGAGCUGAUGCACAAGCCGGAGCUGCUGGCGCUGACGGCGCACCUCGCCCCCGAGCGGACCGUGGCCUUCUGGGCGCCCGAGGCGGACGUGGAGGCGCUGGAGCUGGAGCUGGGGGCCGGGCUGCGCCUGAAGACUCGCGGCGACGGCCCCUUCCUGGAUUCGUUGGCCAAACUCGACGCUGGCACCGUGACCAGGUGUAAUUUUGCUGGUGACGCGAAGACAGGGGCGUCCUGGACAGACAACAUCAUGGCCCAGAAGUCUGCGGAGGGGGCCGCGGCCGAGGCCCGCGAACAGGGGGACGGGGCGGAGGACGAGGAGUGGCCGGAAGAAAUCCAGCAGCAGAUUGUCCGGGAGACCUUCCAUCUAGUGCUCAAGCGGGAUGACAACAUCUGCAACUUCCUGGAGGGCGGAAGUUUGAUGGGCGGCUCCGACUACAAGCUGAUUUACCGGCACUAUGCCACCCUCUACUUCGUGUUCUGCGUGGAUUCAUCAGAGAGUGAACUGGGGAUCUUGGACCUCAUCCAGGUUUUCGUGGAGACCCUGGAUAAGUGCUUCGAGAAUGUCUGUGAAUUGGAUUUGAUCUUCCAUAUGGAUAAGGUGCACUACAUCCUCCAGGAGGUGGUGAUGGGCGGCAUGGUGCUGGAGACGAACAUGAACGAGAUCGUGGCCCAGAUGGACGCCCAGGGCCGGCUGGAGAAGUCCGAGGUGAGUCUGCGGCCGCCUCCUGCCCCUGCUGCUCGGAGAAGCCCCGGUGAGGGACGAGAUUCGUGGUGGGGGCGUGCGGGGCUGCCCCGUGUCCAUCUUCUGUCCUCCGCGAGCCUCCCAGACCCUCUGGCCGGCGGCCUGGAGCAUGCAGCAGGUGAGAAUGAGGUUUGGCCCUCAGCCCUGCUGGGCGUGUGCCCGGAAAGCCAGGAGCAGCGGGCAGCGCGCUCGCGUGGGGCCUCUCCCAGGCCGCACGUGGGGGGCGGCCCGGAGCCCCGUCUCGGAGUCCCGCGCGGGCGCUGUCCCCGCAGCCGUCCUCACGCUGUCGGGCCUCGGUCACCUGCAAAGCUGCAGGACUUGGGUGGCCUGCAGGGCGUGCCCGGCCCUGGGCCGGGCUGACAGAUGCUCGCGGUGCCCGCCGUCGGCGGCCCGAGUGGAAGCGCAGCUCACGCCCGAGCUGCGCGCGAGGCCGGCCGGCGAGCACAUUGCUCGGUGCCACCGAAGCAACCUUGCCAACGGAGAGACGAAUUCCUUCUGAGGACUGCAGUCGCGCCGAAGAAGCUUCUCCAGACCACAAGUUCUGUGGCGACUACGGUGGUGUCAGAAGUGCAGGCGGGGGGCUCCGGGACAGUGGGCGAGUCAGAGGCAGCGGGCCAGAGACCGGUGGCACGGAGGCCCCCGCGGGGCGGCGGCUGUGGGAGCCCGUCCCCCCACCCCGCCCGGGGCCGGCCCGCGAGGGCCCACACAGACCUCCCCGGUGAAGGCCACCUCCGCGGUCCUUCCGCCAGCGGCCUCGUGGCGCCCCGUGGCCAGCUCCCUUGAGGCCUGGGCCCGGGACAGGCCUCCCUGCCCAGAGCUGCCCUGUGGGGGUGCUUGCCGCGAGAGCGCCUGGGUCUUGCUGCUUCCCGAGCCGAGAGCACCGG